UGGAUGAGGAAGAAGAUAACCAAUAACUGAUAAUAAAAAAAAGCCAUAAAACCUUAUCCACAGAAUCACCAGUGCAGCUCCAAUUCUGCUCACGCGCCAAAUCAAAUCAAAUCUCAAAGUGACGAUGAGGCUUCUCCUCUGCUUCAGCUGCCAAUUUUCUGCAUACCCAGCGGCGGCAGCUUCUUUCCUCCUCCUCUCAAAUGGAGACACUGCCUCCAUUGCACCACCGGCUCAACCUUCUCCUCCACCAGAACCCAAGACUCAGAAGCCACUCAUUGGCUUGGGCCGCCGUUGGUGUCUCUCCGCUUCCUCCUCUGCGCCCUGCCCUGUUGGGGGAUCUUUUCACUGAGGUCAAGUCUCUGGAUUCCCUAAAAAUGAUCCAUGCCCAGAUGAUUAAAUCGCCGGAGAGACGGAAAUACGAUGAGAAUUUGUUGGCUUGUUACAUGGACUUCGGUGAUGUCAGAUCAGCUGCCGUGCUUCUCUUGCUGGGUGGUUUUGGGAGAAGCCACGACCUUUUGUUGGAGGAGUGCAGGAGAGACAGGGCGCUGUCGCGUCGAGUUCUCAAGGUUUUUGGCGAUCUGCACCACAAAGGAAUUUCCUUUGGUUACAAAACCUAUGUUCUUGUUCUGAUUAUCUGCACCGCUGUGUUGGAUUCCUUGUUGGGGUUAGAGAUCCACGCUUGUUUGAUGAAGAGCGGGCUUAUGUUCGAUGUGGUCGUGCAGCGCGCUCUGCUGAUUUUCUAUGAGAAGUGUUGGGGCAUAGAGCGUGCAGAUCAGUUACUCGAGGAUCUGCCUCAAAGUGGUGAUCUGGCGAGGAAUGAGAUUAUCAAAUUGAAUGUGAAGAAUGAGAGAUGGGUUAGAGCUCUAGAACUGUUUCGGGAUAUGCAGUUUUCGUAUGCUAUGUCAAAUGAUACUACGAUUGCAAGAAUGCUUCAAGCUUGUGGCAAACUGAAAGCCCUCAGUGAGGGAAAGCAGAUUCAUGGGCAUGUCUUGAGGCACUCGUUGCAGUCAAAUUUAUCAAUAUGCAAUGCCUUGAUCAACAUGUAUACAAAAAACGAAGAGCUUGAGCUGGCUCGAAAGGUCUUUGAUUCAAUGGAGGACCGCAACUUAACUUCAUGGAACUGUAUUAUCUCGGCGUAUGCCUUGCUCGGCCACUUUGAUGAUGCCUGGGAUCGUCUUAUCAAUAUGGAAUCUCAUAAUAUCAGACCCGACAUUAUAACUUGGAACUGCCUUUUGAGGGGAUUAUCUGUAAAUGGCUUGUACGGUGCUGUACUGACUAUUUUCCAAAGAAUGCAAAGCGAGGGCUUUCGACCGACUUCAAGCUCAGUAACUUCAGCUCUUCAAUCAGUGAUCCAGUUGGGUUUACUAAAUCAUGGAAAGGAGAUACAUGGUUAUGUUAUAAGGCAUGGCCUCGACUAUGACGUGUAUGUGGGAACUUCACUGGUGGACAUGUACGUGAAGAGUGAUUGCUUACCCAAGGCUCAAUCAGUUUUCGGCAUCAUCAGGAGCAGAAAUGUUUUUGCUUGGAAUUGUUUACUAUCAGGAUAUUCAUUCAAGGGCCUCUUUGAAGAUGCUCAGAGCCUACUGAACCAAAUGGUAGAUGCGGGAAUGAGGCCCGAUCUAGUCACGUAUAACUGUUUACUCUCUGGGUAUUCCAUGUGGGGCCACACCGAUAAAGCACUGUACAUCAUGCAAGAAAUCAAGCGAUCUGGCCUGAUUCCUAAUGUGGUUUCGUGGACUGCUCUUAUAUCAGGUUGUUCACAGAAGGGGAACCACAAUGAAGCCCUGGAGAUUUUCAUCGAGAUGCAACGAUGGGGCAUUGAGCCUAAUGCUGCCACCAUAUCUUGCUUGCUUCGAUCAUGCGGUGGACUCUCUUUGUUACAUAAGGGUAAAGAGAUACACUGCAUCAGCAUCAAGAGCGGCAUGAUUAAGGAUGCUUUUGUAGCGACAGCAACAGUUGAUAUGUACAGUAAAUCAGGCAACUUGAGUCGUGCCAUCAAAGUUUUCAGGAGGAUCGAAAAGAAACCAUUGGCUGCAUGGAACUGCAUGAUCAUGGGAUUUGCCACAUAUAGCCGUGGCAAAGAGGCAAUCUCACUCUUCCAUGAAAUGUGCGCAGAGGGCAUAAGUCCCGAUUCGAUAACCUUCACAGCCCUCCUCUCAGGCUGCAAAAGCUCGGGUUUAGUUACUGAAGGAUGGAAUUUCUUCGAUCGUAUGAGCAGGGAUUAUGAUGUAAAUCCCACAGCAGAACACUACUGUUGCAUGGUGGAUCUUCUGGGGAGAGCAGGUUAUCUCGACGAGGCUUGGGAUUUCAUACAAAAAAUGGCACUACGUCCAGAUGCUAGUAUAUGGGGUUCUCUCCUCUGCGCCAGCAGAAUUCACAAGAAUGUGGAGUACGCAGAAAUUGCCGCGAAGCACCUCUUCAAACUCGAGCCCCAUAAUUCGGCUAAUUACAUCCUAAUGAUUAACUUAUAUGCCAUGUCGAAUAGAUGGAAAGAUGUGGAGAAUGUGAGGGACUUGAUGAGUCGUUUAGGGGUGAGAAAUGGACAGACUUGGAGCUGGAUAAGCAUUGAUGGUAAUAUACAUUAUUUCUCUGCAGAAGAAAGUUCUCAUCCUGAGGCGGGAGAGAUAUACUUUGAGCUGUAUCAGUUGUUCUCCGAAAUUAGGAAACUAGCGUAUGUGCCUGAUACUAGCUGCGUAUAUCAGAAGGUCGAAGACGAGGCGGAGAAGGAGAAGCUGCUGCUGAGUCACACCGAAAAGAUGGCAAUUGUCUAUGGGUUAAUGAAGUCAAGAAGUAACACGCCCAUCAGGGUGAUAAAGAAUUCGAGGGUUUGUUCCGACUGCCACAAUGCAGCAAAGUAUAUCUCCAUAGCACGGAACCGUGAAAUCUUCAUUAAAGAUGGCGCUCGGUUUCACCAUUUCAGAGAAGGGGAAUGCUCUUGUAAGGAUUGCUGGUGACUCGGUGACAAAUUGAUCAAAACAGAGUUGUUUCUUACAGUAUCAUUCUACGGGUUGCUGGAUUUGAUUUCCUCUUCCGGCAGAAAAGAUGAUGCACAUGGGAUGAGUUAAGAUCGAAUCAUUGAAGGAUCUUCAGCCUACAAGGGGUUUGCAAGUAUCUUUGAGGAGGUUAAGCCGACGUAUGUGUGAGAGUUCUAGGAAGGUUGGGGGUUAGAAUAUAUCGGCCUCUUUAGGUAUUAAAUGAGAUAGUUGAACGGUUCUUCACUAGGAACGUCAGCCACGAAGAUUCCAAGCUGUUAUAAGUGUGACUGCUGUACAGUCUUUUAACAUAAUACUAAUUCGACUUUGAGACUGCUUAGAGAAAA